AUGGCUGAACGCUCCUCUAACGGCGAGCAAGCUGCCUCGGACCUGAUGCUGAAACCCAAACAGUCAAAGGCUGGUAAAGAUGACCCAGUGUGGUCGAUCUUGCCUUCUUAUUACAUGUACCAAUCAACUUUUUACGGUGAGCAAGACCCUCCGGAGUAUGUGGAGGCUUCAACGACAUCUUCGGAGCUCGAUAGCCGCUCCAACUCCCAUUGGUCCAGUGAGGCACACACCGCUAUAACCACGGUAUCCAGCAGUAGUCAGGGCCACAAUUCUUCACACGCUUCUUCUGAGCAGUUGGCAUUGAGCAGCACAUCGGCAGACUCUUCUCUGUCCGGUAGUCUCAUUGUUGCCGAUGAGCUGACAACCUCUUGGAGAGAAACCAUUUUGGAUAACGUUCACGAAUUACGUAACAUGACCAACUCCUCCAACUGUUAUUCACAGAACUUGGAGAUUUCCAUUCACUUCACGGAGGAAGUGGGCGAGCCUUGUAAGGAACCGAAGCAUAUAGAUCCGCUGAACUUCGAGUAUAAACAAGGCGAUUUCUUGAAUGGCUACGUCUUGAUCAGAAACAACGGUAAGAACCCAGUACCUUUUGACAUGUGUUACGUUUUGUUUGAAGGAACAUUCAUGGUAUCAAACCCUAAGGAUGCCAAGGAUGUGACUCCCGUUAAGGUUCGCAAAUUCUUGGAAAUGUACGAUUUUGCUGCUUCCUGGAACCAUGCCCUGAUCAAUAGACUAUUAACGGACGAAGUGCAGCCCGAUCCAUAUUGUGACCUAUAUGACCCACGGGAUGGCUCGCGAUUGUGUAUUAGUCUGAGCAAAAGAAUUGAGCCUGGUCAGCUUUACAAACGCUUUUUCACAUUCAAGAUUCCAGUUCGUUUACUAGACUCCGAGUGUAACGACCACAACCUUGCUGGACACACGCAAUUACCACCUACGCUAGGACUCUCUAGAAAAGAGAGAAAAGAAUGGAACAACAAACAUGCGCACGUUGACGAUUUCUCCUUCAUUGACACUGCCACCAACUACGCAGUUUUGACUCGCUUCAUUGGUAAAGCGCAUAAAUACAAUUGGGGAGGUAAUGACCAAGCAUUGAAGUUGAUCAACGCUAAGGGUGAGGAGUUCGUAAUUCUAAAAGAAAAGGUGUCUUAUGUCCGUAUUCUUCAGGAAUCACCAAUGCUUAGUGAAGGUGAGAAGGCUGUCAACAAUGAAGCUUCGAGAGUUUUGUACCAGAACUUUGUCAAUCGAGUGAAGGAAUCCAUAGAGAUUGGAAAAGAGCUAAAAAAGACUAUUGCUCUGCUUGAUGACAAGUCCACUAUUGAUAUAUCCACGCGUUUGGCUGCUGUUGAAGCAGUUCAGGCUAGGGCUCAGAAUGACGCUGUGAAAGCCCGCCAGCUCUACACCCGGUAUGACUCUAUGAGCCGGGACACAAAGUUCCCGGUGGUAGAUCGCAAAUACAAUGUGGUGGUUCCCGUGAUUAAGAAAACGGUUUUUGGGAGCUCGAAGCCAGUUGGCACAUUCACUAUACUGACACUGAAGAGUGAGUAUCUUUUGAAUUACAUUUCUCCCAAGCGCUUUAGAUUUGGCGAAAAAGUCGACGAUGCAGCCUGGAAGAUCCAGGUGCCUCUUGAGGUCAAAUUCACGCCUGCAAGCAUCCUCUCGAAGGGCAACCAGGUACCAGAGAUUACACAUGUUUCUGCUGAGCUUGUUGUUUUCACCUUGAAAUCGAACAAGAGACAAAUACCCGUGGAAUUGAACCAUGAUUUCCUUUUCAGCAAUAAUCUCACCGCUUCUCCAGUUGACAACUUCACCCAUUUGGUAAAGAAGCCUCUCAGAGAGUAUUCCAAAGAAUUGUGUAAGUUAGCCACUGAAUUGGGCACAUCUAAUUUCAAGAUUGAGAAGUCUUUGGUAGAAGACUUGAGCGCUAUGACUAAUUUGGAGGAGAAGUACAACAACUUGGUGAUUCAUGAUGUGGGUGUUAUCGAUGCAGCCGGAGAGUGCUGUUACACCAAAAGAGGUGUUAAAAUUCCCUGGGAAGAGCAAAGCAGCCAGUCAUUCGUUAAAAAGUUCUCUGUUUGCGUGGACGUGGCCAAGGCACAGAAGAAGGUUGCCAACCAAUCACUGCCUAAGCCAGGCUACAAGUCCUACGACGAGUUCACAUUGGUACCUAAUUUCCAAACAUGCUUGCUCUCGAGAAUGUACUACCUCAAGAUCCGUUUUGGGCUUUCCAGCGACCAGUUGGUAGAGGUAAAGGUGCCGGUCUCCAUUGCCAAAAUGCCCACCAACUAA